CACGGAGCCAAGUUCAACACGCGAUGCUAACAUACGGUCGGUUCACAGCGGAUUUUAGAGAGGAGGUGAUUCAUGAGAGGUUAAAACAGAUGGGACGGCGAAACUCUAAUUUAAGGACGAGCCAAUGAGAAGCGUUUGAGCGAUUUCAAUUAUUAGCCAAUCAGAAAACAGUAUAAAGUAAAAAUAUAUUACAAGAAAGUGAUGAAUUACAGUGGAUAUUCUUCUUUUACAUGAUUUAAAAACUUGUUAAGGUUUGAUAAAGGUUUAGAGGCUCUGAAUUCAUAAUGCAUAUUGUAUAGAAACCCGUCCAUAGGGUUAGGGUUUGGGGUUAAAAUUAGUGGUAAGGGUUGGGUUAAGGUUAGAGUUUACCCAGACAACUCAAAAAGGGGAAAUAAAGGCGAAGAAAGGGGAAAACGCGCCAGAAUGUCGCCUGUCCGGGGGAUAUAAUGCGGAUUUUCCUCUUCUCGACGAAUUAACGAUUUAUCGCCUAAUCUAAGGGCUAAGGUUAGGGUUUUGGGUUAGAUUAAUGGUAGGUUAAGGUUAGGGUUAGAUUAUGUUUAAGGUUAGGAUUUAGGGUUAGAUUAGGGUUUAGGUUAAGGUUAGGUUAGGGUUAUGGUGCUAACAUGCGAUCGGUCUUUACAUCGGAUUUUAGAGAAGAGGUGUCUACUGACAGGCUACAACCCUAAGCACUAACCGUAUGGACGGGUUUCUAUACAAUAUGCAUUAUGAAUUCAGAGCCUCUGAACCUUUAUCAAACCUUAACAAGUUUUUAAAUCAUGUAAUAGAAGAAUAUCCACUGUAAUUCAUUACUUACAAUAUAUUCUCACUUUAUACAAACUGUCUUCUGAUUGGCUAAUAAUUGUCAAGGUCAUUUAGGAUUCGUUCAAAGGUCGUCGCUAAAUUAGAGUCUCGCCUCGUUAUCAUACAUCUUCUUGCUAUGUUAAACAUGUUUGCCCAGCACCGGGCACUGAGGACAGUGCAUCAUGGAGAGAGGGGGUAGUGUAACGGUAUCAAAAAUCAUUACAUAUGACUUUACUAAUGCGAGUUUGUUUUCCUUAUUGCAGAGCAACAGGAAGUGAACGUACUAGAAGAAGAAGCUUUGCGCAUGCUAAACCUACAGGAUAAUGAGUAAAACCGUUUUGUAAUAGACUUCGCUCCUUGUACUUAAACCGCGUAAUUCAGUUUUUAAAUAUAUCUUUGUUGUGUCCGUACGCCGUGUUCUUACUUGGGUGAUAUCUGCCGGUCCUGACUGUUGUGUUGUGUUUCACAUCGCUCCUGCUUGCAAGUAAACGCUAAUAGUACGUGCUAUAGCUGUUGAGGCUUGUGUUACUGCUGAUUGUUGUCCAUUGUUUUACAUGAUAAAUGUGAGUGUAUUACAUACAUUCACAGUGUUCUACAAAAGAAAAAAAGUUUCUCUGUAUUACAAACACAUUGUGGUCUCAUAUAGUUCAGACUGCUGUCAUUUAUAUUUUACUGGUUAUAACAGGUAUAUGGGGAUAAUUUAAAACGAUUAGUAGAAGAAUUAAUAAGAAACAGUGUUAAACGACAUAGGUAUCAUUCCUGUUGUCUAUUUUUGCAUAUGUAAGAAAACGUAUAGAUAUUUCGGUUAUUGGGGGUAUAAUGAGUUACAUACUCAAUCAGAUGCCAGUUAUUAAACCUGAGUGGUUUGGAGCUAUUGUUUGGUGGUAAAAAAUAACUUGUUUUCAAUGCUACUCUAACAAGCAAACAACUAAUCUCACGAGGCUAGUCAAGUGUCUAAUUUUCCCUGUCUGUUGUCUUUUUUCUUCGAUUCAUGUCGUAAACUCUGUAUAAAUUGAAAAAAUUUCUAUCCGAUUAGACUACAGACAGUAUUUGACGCUGGAUCUGAGAUGAAAUAUAAAAAGAGGAAAUUGAAACUAUUAUCUUGGGAAGAAAAGCUUGACAGACAAAUCCAGUUUGUGAAUGUCGACAAUACAGAUGAAAAUUAUCUCUCUGUUGAUGAACCAACCGAUGUGAUCAUUAUGAAAACAGUCACCUCGCUUUCAUCGAAGGGUGUUGGUGGUCUACGCAGGUUAUGUAUGUCGAAAUAUUUCGAGGCUGAUUCAAUUAUAAAUAUUUUUUAUUACUUGUGUCAAUUAGUGGUCGUUAAUGUUCGAGAUUUGUGGACCUACUUAUUCGGUAUGUGUGACGUAGUUUCGUUAGACGAGUAUACCGAAAAAUUCACAGCUUUAAGCGAUUUAACUGAACAUCUUAUGAUGUUUAUUCUUGAUAAAAUACAGAGUUAUCGUACGCAACCGUAUUACUAUUUAGUUUGAUACAGGGUAAACGGAUUGGGUCCACUUCUUGUUUUAGGUACUCUAACAGACAUUGUCAGAAACAAGUUUUUCAUCAGUCUACUUAAAGUUGCUUUCAGUUUUCCUAACAACGGAGUUAUUUCAUAUGGUGUAUAGAAUAGUGUUUUUAUUGGUCCAGCACAAGUUUUAAAUUUGUUAGGUAUGUUACUCUGAACGAUUCGCUUUGAUGGAAAGUGUCAUCGGUAAAUAGACAGUUUUAUUGAAAUCUAAUUAUCAAACUAAAACAGAACCUAGUCACUUUUUGUCGUUAUCAGUGGUUUGUUGGUUAAAAUGUUUAAGUAUAUUUUAAAAUAUCUUAUGUAUAACUCCGACAGUUCCUAAAAGUGGAGGACGGUCAGGCAGAAUUAACCAACGAAGUUUUCUUGGUGUUCAGUCAGUCAGUCAGCUACAACGUAGGACCAGGCACAUAUGUACAUCGGUUCAAGUUGUCAUACUUCAUUAGCACAACAAGCUGAACACCGAAUUCAUAGUGGUUAAUUCAGUGGUGGUAAGAUAUAAAAGAAAGAUUGCAUAUAAGAACAUAGUACAGGAAGAAAGAUUUAGUACAUAGAAAGGAAGAUGUGAAGCGAUUAUAUCCUCUUAGUUUAAAGGAAGACAGAGAGUGUAUACACUUACACAAUUGUGAUCGAUUCUGAGCCAUGUCACCCAGAGUUUCC